AUGGACUGCUUCGCCGCUACCCUGGCCUGGAAAUGGUUCAAGAAAUGGGUGACCAUUACUAAAUCUACUUCGCAAAAUGAAGAGAUCAUCAUAUUUGCUGACGUGGAAAGAGGGCCUGAUAAUAUCGUGGAAGAGUUCAAAAAAUUCGGAAACUCCGCAACUCUCACAGUGGUCAAAGCUGGCUGGAACUGUUUCAGUCUGGAUCAGCUGGCUGAAUCGAUACACAAAGGGCGAUUUAAGGACUCAGAUCUAAAUAAGGCUCGGAAGAGGGCAAAGGACAAACAGAAGAACAACUUCAGUCGGAGCCCUUCUGAUCCAAUCAGUCGUUUCGGUUAA